AUGAGGACCGAACCGCCUAUGUGUUGGAGGUCGCCGGACCCUCGGUCCGGAGAUCCGAGCCGUUCCGGAGUGAGAUCUGUCAACAGCCGCGCAUCCUACUUUGCGACCGUCUAUAACACGACGACAUCCGUCCGCCUCCUUAUGCCAGACCUAGAUGAAACCGCCCUGGAAGGUGCUUCGACCUUCUUGAGGUUGAUAGUCCAAGCAUUGAACGCAGCUCUCGACCCUGGCUCCUAUGGCGAGCUGGCCCUCCACCGGAUAUCGCCUUUCGAGUGUCUGUACGACCUGACGGCUAAGAUUGUUGACAUCGGGCACUUUCUAAUAUACAAUGGCGAUGAUGAACACAGCAGCAUUGUGCUCUGUAUACCGCACGAAUACUUGCCAUUACGACUUGCCAUGAAUAUUCCUAGUCUUUGGCACGCCUACAAGAUAUUCACACUCAUUGACGCGUAUUGGACAAAGUUUUUCGUUGCUUCAUACCUGCUUUGCUGGUUGUUUGGAAAAACAUAUCCGCUGCGCUCGCAGCAACCAACAGUUGCUGAAGCUGACCGCAUUCGACGGAAGAUCACUACCCCUUUAUUUUUCGCGCUCUCGCACAGCCUGGUCUGCUUUGCGGUGUUCAGUGACCGACUGGAAGCUGCACUCUGGUCUUGGUUCGGCAUCCUGGUCAUUGCUGGUCUCGCGCUCUUCAUAUCGCCGACCUCUCCCCAGGUCAAUCCCGAGAGGAAUCUCGAAUUCGAAGCAACUAUACAGACCUUCCUACAAAUUGGCUGCCUUGCAACUCUCUGGCUUUUCCAAUUCUCGCCAUUUGUGAUGAGUCUUAAAGUCAAGGACCGAGACUGGCGCGACAGUCGCAUGCUCAUGUUGAUCGGAGUCCUCCAAUUUGAUAUUGCCAUGGUUUUCCUUGUUGCGGCAAGGACAGAGCGAUGGUCGAUGGUACGGUUCGGACUUGUUAGUGCAAGUCUGGUGAGCAUGGCGUAUGUUUACUACAUCGAGUUGUACGCGUUGACGCGGGGCACUUUUGGUUUGCUUGCUUGA